GGGAUUUACAAUCGUCUUGGAACAAUGUUUUAACACACAAAUCUUACCUAUUGACCAGGUUAAUCAGCAUUCACUGUGACCCUGGAGUGAACCUGAGUGUGGAUACUGAGAGGAAAUGUAUUACCAUAGUUGAGUUGCUGUUCACCAUGAUAUUUAACUUGAAACAAAUACUAUUAUCGCUCAUCUGGCAACGCUGAACUACCAUUGGAUUCCAUGGAACCAUGUGGUUUUCGACGCAGCCCUACUUUUUUUCACAAGACACAUCGGUGAUACGUCCUUAGAUUGGUAUAGUCUAGACACAGGCACAAGACGUAUAAUGUUUCGUUUGCUCGGCAAAGCAUUCCCACUUCUGAUACGACGAGGAGUGAAGCAACUAACAGUCACAAAAAUGACUACGGAGAAGCCGUGCAUAUUAGCCAAUGCAUUGGGGGUACAAGAUGGAAUAUACCGGUGUUUUGGCCCUAUAAUUGAGAAGAACUUCACCAUUAUUUCUUCCGAGGAACUCUUAAAUAACAAAGAGCGCUUCGCUGACCAAAUCCGUGCCGUAUUCGUGUGGAACGGCCUAGUCAAGGUAGGCUGUGAUUUGCUGCAGCUCUUACCUAACCUGAAGGUGGUUGUCAAUGGCGGGGUGGGAGUGGACCACUUGGAUAUAGCCAUGAUCAACAGCUUUGGUGUGAAAGUGUGUAACACGCCGCACGUUGUGGACAACGCCACUGCAGAUAUUGGGAUGGCUCUGAUGCUGGCAUCAGCGCGGAAACUGCUCUACGGUCACAAUUAUUCCCUCUGUCAUGAAGAUACGGCUUUGCCAGAGAGUUCCCUGGGCACAGAUGUCAGUGGUGCCACGCUGGGCAUUAUUGGGAUGGGCCGGAUAGGGUACAAGGUUGCCAAACGGGCCCAGGGCUUUGAAAUGAAAAUCCUAUACCACAAUAGAAACCGUAGGAAGGAGGAAGAUGAGAGAGCAGUUGGAGCACGGUAUUGUGAAAAGAUGGAAGAUCUGCUGCAGCAGUCAGACUUUGUCAUGGUGGUGGUGAACCUGUCACCUCAAACGCACAAGCUGAUUGGUGCCAGGGAGCUGGCGAUGAUAAAGCCCACAGGCACCCUGAUCAACAUCAGCAGAGACAAUCCGACUGAUGGUGGAGAGGAUGGUGACCAAUGCUCUGGCAGCUCUCAGUGGAGCACAGCCUCCUGAUGAGGUGAAGGUGUAGGACACAGCAGGACUAACAUGGCCCUCAGACUCCACUAUCCAGGUGGUUGGAAGAAGGACUGCAUUUUUAGCAUUUUUUGUAUAAUCUGGGUGUAUUGUAUUCUAGUAAAAUUGCCACUAAGGGGCAAGUUAGCCUUAUUAAAGUGAAAAAAAUAAAUCUUUGAGCACAGCUGAAGAAUUGAAAUCUGACAUUUUACUAAAAAAUACUCAAAACCAAUACUUUGUCAGAAGAUAUUAAUACAUUUGAACAAAACUGAAAAAUAAAAACUGUCUUUGCAUAAGUGUUUACAUAAAUAUUUGACCCCUGUGCUUUGGAAGCUCCAAGUUCAUAGAACAGAAUUGUCUAAUCAUUAAGUGUCUGAAUAACCCGCCACCCUGUUUAAGGAUU